CUCAACUCCUCUCCUCGAAUCCUUCUUUCCAAAAUCCGGAAAAACAAACCGGAAAUCGAGUUUGAUUGCUUGCUGCUAAGUUUCAAUGGCCAUGGUUCGCUACCUUCUUGUUACAUUGUUCUUGGUGUUGGCCAUUUCAUCAUCUGUUGAGGGAUCUACAAGACGCCUUCGUCCUUCUGAAUGCUCGGAUAAGUGUCAAUACCGAUGCUCAGCAACAUCGCACAAGAAGCCAUGCUUGUUCUUCUGCAACAAGUGCUGUGCUGUUUGCUUGUGCGUGCCGCCGGGCACCUACGGGAACAAGCAAUCCUGCCCUUGCUACAACAACUGGAAGACCCAGGAAGGACGCCCUAAAUGCCCCUGAUUUCUCUUAUAAUCUUAAUUCUCAAUAAAAUCCUCUCUCUUAUUUAAUUGAAUUAGCCAAGCAAGCAAGGCUCUGAAUCCUGACCUUGGGUUGGUUUGUAGUGAUGGUUCGGUCAAGCUAGACUUGUAUCAAAUUUCCUAUUAAUAUGAGCUACUGGCUUCCGUCCUGCUUAUUGAUGA